CUCAUUUGGCCUACUUUUCUAACCUCCCUCCCUCCAUGCGACGCAUACAAAAAAACACCAGAUCGAUCACCCAAUUUUCCAAACGCCUCCAUCAUCAUCACCAGGAGAUCGAGAGAGAAUUAAGAUCGAUCAUUACGAAAAGAAAGAAUCAAUUAUAAUAUAAUAUAAUGGUGCAUUUUGAGGAGGAUAAUCCGGAUGACUUGCUGGGUAACAUGGUCGUGCUGGGGGUCUCUCUCAUAGUAAUUGCAGCCGUUGUCAUUGGCGUUGUUGCUGGAAUUGAUCACGACGAUGCCCCUCUCAAACCGGAGAAGAUGACCCUUGAUGCCAUUUGCGACCUAACUGACUACAAGGAAUCCUGCAUGGCUAGCCUACAACCGGUCGGUAACUACGCCCAAGUAAUAACCUAUUUCAGGGCUGCAGUGAACGCUACUAUUUCAGAAAUGGCGCUUGCAAUGAAGAAGGCGAAAGUUGAUGCUGACGCGGUUAGGGAUGAUCAUGGAAGUACUGAAACGACCAUGGCGUUUGAAGAUUGCAUCGAGUUGAUUGGGUUAUGCAUUGAGGAGCUUCAGUCCGUGCUUACAAUGGUAAACGCUACGCCAAACUUGUUCUUCAAAGAUUCAGGCGAUGCAAGGAGCAGCUUGAGCGCUGUGCUAUCGUACCAAAGAGCGUGUCUUGAGGGAUUAAAGGAGUCUCGUUCCACAUCCGACAUGGAUCGAGGUCUUCAAAAGCCCAGUGAGCUUGCAAGCAAUGCGCUGGCUAUAAUUUACGAGCAUUCCGAAAACGAUGAUCUAGAGGCCGAUCAUUCUAUACCUAAUUGGGGAACGGGAACAACAGAUAAUGAUGGAAUGAUAUAUCCAGAUCGACUCUCCGCAGCGGACCGCAAACUCUUGCACUACUCCUACAAGAAGGGCGGCCAGAUGAUGACGCCCCAUGCGGUUGUGGCUAAAGAUGGAAGUGGGCAAUAUGCAAGCAUCGCUGCCGCCCUUAAUGCAUACCCAAUUGCCCACAAAGGACGAUAUCUCAUCUACGUGAGGUCCGGCGUCUACGAGGAGAACGUUAUCAUCUCCAAGAAUAUCACCCAGAUAUUCAUGUAUGGUGAUGGGGUUAAUAGAACCGUUAUCUCUGGAAGAGAUUUCAAUGGGACUACCUAUAGGAGAGCUAGUUUAUCGGUAAUUGGCAAUGGAUUUAUUUGCAAGGAUAUUGGAAUCAAAAUCCCAGAUAAAAGCAGAGGAAAUUCCAUGGCGGCUGUUAAAAUCCAGUCUGACAGCGCAGCCUUCUUCCACUGCAGAAUAAAUGGCAGCACAACAUCGAGCAUAUCUGCAUUAGCGCAUCGGCAGUUCUUCAUAGAUUGUGAAAUCUACGGCGUCACGAACAUCAUCAGAGGCGACGCUGCGGUCGUAAUCCAACGCUCCAAAAUCAUUGUGACACAGGAAACAGUACCGGUAUCGGCAAACAUCAUAGCUUUGCAAGGCAGGAGCGACAAGCGUGAAAGCACUGGCUUUGUGAUCCAUGGGUGCACCAUCGAGCCAGACAAAUCUUCCACGGUUAGUGGGGUACUGGAGAAUUCUGCUUACUUGGGGAUGGCGGUGGAGAAAUAUUCAAGAACAAUCGUAAUGGAAUCAUCUCUGGAAGAUAUAAUUCAUCCAGAUGGAUGGUACAACAACAAUAACUAUGGGAUAGAGACAGUGACAUUUGCCGAGUACAGAAACAAGGGGCCUGGAGCUGGAACCAGCAAGAGAGUGAAGUGGCCGGGUUACAGUGUCAUCAACAACAGAAGUGAUGCCCUGCGUUAUACGGCCGGUCGAUUCAUCGAAGCACAAAACUGGUUGCAAGGGACCCAAGUCCCCUUACAGGCUGGCCUUUUUUCCUGAUGAAUUACAUAUAUAGCAGAAAGCAUGCAGAAUUACAUAUACAAUUAGCAUUUUGUUUGGUAAAUUAAUUAACCCUUUUUCCUUCAUAAUUAAUGACAUGAUCGAGAUCGA